UCUCCCCUUUCUCUGUCCGGGAACCCGACCGCCACCCCGCCGGGCGAGCGCGGUGACUGACAGCGCCGGGCAGCCAGUGGCCGCAGCGUCCUGCGGCCGAGCCCGGCGCCGUCUCCCCGGUGACCGGGACAGCCGCUGCCUCGGCGGAGUAGCCGGAGUCCCGGGGGACAGAGGAAAAGGAUAUUCAGACACGAUUACUUUGGAACUGUGGAAGUUUGUGCCACUUCUGUGCCAUCUCUCUUCAGGUCCAGGUUUCAAAUCUGCAAAGAAAUUAGGCAAAAAAUCUUCAUCAGAUGGAGUGAUACUCUUGAAACAUGACAAAAAACUGGACUAAAUAAAAGUUUUCCUAUUUUAGGAAAAAAAAAAUCCAAAAUGUACAGACCAGGAGAAACGGUCAAACGUCGACUCAACGUGCAUGCUCCUCCACGGAUAAGAAGUGUGGAAGUUGCUCGAGGAAGAGCAGGUUAUGGGUUUACCCUUUCUGGACAAGCUCCUUGUGUUCUUAGUUGUGUGAUGAAAGGAAGCCCUGCAGAUUAUGUUGGGCUUAAAGCAGGAGAUCAGAUAUUUGCAGUUAAUGAAAUCAAUGUGAAGAAAGCCUCUCAUGAAGAUGUAGUGAAACUUAUAGGGAAAUGUUCUGGAGUCCUGCACAUGGUCAUUGCUGAAGGGAUUAGUCAUAUGGAUUCAUGUUCGAGUGAUGAAGAAGUUGGUUUUUAUGAUGGGAAGGGGUGGCUGAAACCCAAACCUGACUCUAAAGCUCUGGGUAUAAACAGAGCAGAGAAAGUUGUUGAAGAAAUGCAGUCUGGUGGCAUUUUCAACAUGAUCUUUGAGAACCCUGCUCUUUGUGCUGGUAACUCAGAUAAUUCUGCACCAAAACAAAGAUCAUUUUCAGUUUCUGCUGCUAUGAAAUUUGAAACUGGCAAUGAAAGUGUAAGCAAUCCAAACCUACUGUCAAAGGAAGAAAUAGCCAAAGUUCUGAAUGAUGAUUCUGUUUUUAGGAUUGGACUGGAGAGUGCAGAGGACUUUGGAUUAGAUGCCAGCAUUUUGAAUGUUGCCAUGAUUGUAGGUUACUUGGGCUCCAUCGAACUUCCUUCGACAACGGCGAAUUUGGAAACCGAGAGUUUGCAGGCCAUUCGUGGGUGCAUGAGGCGCCUGCGGGCAGAGCAGAAAAUCCAUUCCCUGGUGAUGAUGAAGAUCAUGCACGACUGCAUUCAGCUCUGCAGUGACAAAUCAGGUGUUGUGGCAGAAUAUCCUGCAGAGAAACUGGCAUUCAGCGCUGUUUGCCCGGAUGAUAGAAGAUUCUUUGGGCUGGUUACGAUGCAGACAAAUGAUGAUGCAAGCUUGGCUCAGGAAGAUGAAGGGGUCCUGAGGACGUCUUGCCAUGUUUUUAUGGUGGAUCCUGAAUUAUUUCAUCAUAAAAUUCACCAGGGUAUAGCAAGACGUUUUGGACUGGAAUGUACAGCAGAUCCAGACACAAAUGGCUGUCUGGAGUUUCCAACAUCAUCUCUACCUGUCCUGCAGUUUAUUUCUGUCCUGUAUAGGGAUAUGGGGGAAUUGAUCGAGGGAAUGCGUGCGAGGGCCUUCCUUGAUGGUGAUGCAGAUGCUCAUCAGAAUAAUAGCACGAGCAGUAACAGUGACAGUGGAAUUGGAAAUUUCAACCAAGAAGAAAAGAGUAAUAGGGUUCUGGUGGUUGAUUUAGGGACCAAUCCAAGUAAACACAUUCCUAGCAGCAUAUGGGAAAAUCCAGUAGGAAGAGGACAAAAUCAGCCUGCUUCCCAUUGGAAUGGCUUCUGUCACGAGCAAGAGGGAAACAUCCCUUUAGAAGUAAUGCAGAAUGAUAAGUCCCAAAAUGUGAGCAAACACUUGAGCCCUUCUGCUCGCAUUGAAGUUCCCCUGGUUUCCUCCCGAAAUUCAGUUCCCCCAUCCAAGAAAAGCGCUGCAGGCACGGGCAGUCAGAGGUGGCUGCCCGUGCACGUCCUGCAGGAGUGGCAGCACGGGAACGCCAGCGACCAGGAGUCCUACACGGACUCCACGGACGGCUGGUCCAGCGUCAACUGUGGCACCCUUCCUCCACCCAUGAGCAAGAUUCCAGCUGACAGGUACAGAGUGGAUGGCAGCUUUGGUCAGCCACAGCUAAAGUCGCACAAAAGCGAAUGGUCCAAGAAGGUGUUCUGCAUUCAGAACAAGUUUGGCCCUCCGCACAGCAUCAGGAAAUCUAAAGAAGAGAAAAAGAGUGCAAAAUUUGGACAUUCAAUGGGAUUAAAGCAGGCUCCUCCCCCACGUUCUUCUGCUCGAAGAUCAUUUGGAAGAUCCAAGCGAUUCAGUAUUACUCGCUCUCUGGAUGACCUUGAGUCAGCAACUGUUUCUGAUGGAGAGCUGAACAGCACUGAGUUGAAGGACUGCAUCAGUGAGAACAGCCUCAGCAGCAAUGCCAGCCUUCCCAGCGUGCAGAGCUGCCGGCGCCUGCGAGAGAGGAGAGUUGCGAGCUGGGCUGUUUCCUUUGAGCGUCUUCUCCAGGAUUCUGUUGGUGUUAAAUAUUUUUCGGAAUUUCUACGGAAAGAAUUUAGCGAAGAAAAUAUUUUAUUUUGGCAGGCCUGUGAAUAUUUUAACCAUGUACCUGCGCAUGAUAAAAAAGAGCUUUCUUACAGGGCUCGGGAGAUCUUCAGUAAGUUCUUGUGUAGCAAAGCUACAACCCCAGUUAAUAUUGACAGCCAGGCACAGCUGGCAGAUGAUAUUCUCAAUUCUCCCCAUCCAGAUAUGUUCAAGGAACAGCAACUCCAGAUAUUUAACUUGAUGAAGUUUGAUAGCUAUACUCGCUUCCUGAAAUCCCCCCUUUACCAAGAGUGCAUCCUAGCUGAGGUGGAAGGACGUCCUCUUCCUGAUCCUCAGCGUGUUCCCAGCAGCCCCACUUCCAAACACAGCGUCAGUUCAGACAAGUCCAACAUGUCAACACCAAAAAAGCUAAGUGGUAAGUCCAAGUCAGGAAGAUCUUUAAAUGAAGAGUCAGGAGAGGAGGACACUGAGAAGAAAAAAAGGGGAACGUUCUUCUCAUGGUCAAGAAGUAAGAGUUUGGGAAAAUCACAGAAGAGAAGAGAAAAUGGUGAUUAUCCAAACGAUUCUUUUCAGUCCAAUGGAUUGUCAUACCGACGGGAAUCCCAAGGCUCCAUGUCCUCCACUGCUAGUCUCGACCUGUCUGACACCUCAAGACUGCCUGCGUUUGUACCAGAUAAGGACAAAUCCCCCAAGUACUGCUGUGUAAACCUUCCUGAUGGCUCAUCCAGCAAAAUGGCUGUGAAAUCCGGGUUCUCCAUCAAGGAGGUGCUCUCUGGGGUCUGUGAGAAACAUGGCAUCAACAUAGCUGCAGUGGACCUGUUCCUCGUUGGAGGUGAUAAGCCCCUGGUUUUGCACCAGGACAGCAGUAUCCUGGAGUCCCGGGACCUGCGCUUAGAAAAACGCACUUUAUUUCGGCUGGAUCUUGUUCCUAUCAACCGGUCAGUCGGUCUGAAGGCAAAACCCACCAAACCAGUAACAGAGGUCUUAAGGCCUGUUGUUGCAAAAUAUGGUUUAAAUCUUAAUGAACUUGUGGCAAGACUAAGUGGUGAGCAGGAACCACUUGAUCUUGGUGUCCCCAUAUCUAACCUGGAUGGUCAACGGGUUGUGCUAGAUGAAAAAGAACCAUCAAAGGGUAGAGAGAAACAAAGAGGCGUGUUAGUAAAACAGAAUGCAACUGUAUCUUCUUCAAGAAGUCAAGGAUCUACUGGAGAGGGAAGAACUCUAGGAAAGUCUAAUUCUAUCAAAAUGAAAGGCGAAAAUGGAAAAAAUGCUAGGGAAGUCCGGCUGUCAAAGAGAGAAGACUCUAUUGCAAAGAUUGGGAAAAAAAAAUGUCAGAAAAUAAAUUUGGAUGAAGCAGAGGAAUUUUUUGAACUCAUAUCCAAAGCACAAAGUAACAGAGCAGAUGACCAACGUGGACUGCUAAGGAAAGAAGACCUUAUUCUCCCUGACUUUCUCCGUUUGCCACCCACUGGACCAGAACCAUCCUCAUCUACUCCCGCAGGUCCUAGAGGCCUCAGCAAGCGAGUUUCAAAAAGCGAUGGCAGUGAUGGAUGUACGUCACCCAGUGGAACGCAGGAGCCCGUGCAAAACUUUAAUGAAAACUCAGUCAAGAGAAUGGGCUACUCAGAAAACAAACACAAACCUGCGCUGGCAGCCCUCCACAGCCAGAAGACUUUCAGUGCUCCUUUCAGUCCUCCGCUGUCCCCCAUUCCGCACGCGCAGGAGAGCAACGCCGCGGUGUGGAAAAGGCAGUCCAGAGAGCUGCAGCCCGAAGGCAUUCAGAUGGUAGAUGAUGAAAACGUGGCAGACUUGACUCUGGUGGCUGAAGGAGAUAUUAGCAGCCCUAACAGCACUUUGCUGCCACCGCCACCACCAACGCCACUGUCAGACAUCAGUAAACUCACGGAGGCCAACUAUCCACCCCCAACUCCUUUUGCAGGUAAUCAGGAAAAAUCUGGAUAUCAAAGAUCCAAUUCAGGUGCAAACAGAAAGAAAAAUGAUUCCCAAGGGACUUCAGGAAGCUCCUGUGAGCAGGCCUCUCACAAGGCAAAGCCCAGCAGAAGCUUUAACCCUCCUGGUGUGAGGGGGAACCCUGGAUUGGAGCUCCCUGUGAACAGGAUAAUCGACGUGGAUGGGGUCAAGCUGGAUGACUCUGGCACACGCUGUGACGAUUCUGAAGGGAACCUCAGCUUUGAAGGUUACAUCUCUGAGCUGAGAUCUUGCCAAGGGAGGAUGAGGACUGGAGUUUACAGGAUGUCAGAACUUCCAUCCCUGAUUGCUGUGAAGAGUGAGAAGAAUAAGGCCACUGAGAAUCAGUAUAAAGCUACUUUUGUUUAGAUCUCUGUUUUUAAUUAAACUUUCUGGUAUAUUGCUUGGCAUCAGCAGCAAUGAAGACAUGUCUAUAGAGACAUGUUUCUGCAAGGUAUACGUGGUUUUAAAUAUCCACUUGCCUUCAAAGAGCCUGCUAAAGACCAUCACUUCUGAUAUGAGUUGGAAGCCCUAGAAUGAAAAAAAAAGUAUUCCAAUGAAAGUAUUGACCUAUUUGGUUUUGCUUUUUCUCCAUUUCUGUAUUAUUUUUCCUGGGAUGAUUCCAUUGAACAGUGCAAUUAAAAUUAUGAUUUCAACCCCUACCCUUCUUGUAUUUUUUCAAGACAAACUUACUUUAAAAUCCCCUGACCAAACUAUUUAUUUAAGAUUAAUUUCAGUUUAAUCUUCUAAUGGUUUUCCCUUGUCUUCAGGAUUCUCUGUGUUUUAGUAGAUUUUUGAAGUGUAAGUAAAAUCAGUUACUGGUGUAAAAAAGAUGAGGAAUAUUUUCUUAAUAUCUUCCUGUCUGUCUCAUAGCAUUUGGGAAGAGGUCCAAGUGGAAUUCAGUCUUGUCCAAUGCAUUACCUGGAUAUAUGCAAUAAGACCAUUGUUAUACAAGCAGCAAGAAGCAAAAACAACAAUGACAAACCAACAAAAGCAAAAAAAACCCCACACCCAACAAAUCAAAAAACCCCAAACAAAUCAAAAUUGUGGAUUUCCUGUGCUGGGAAUGGUAGCUGCUCUCAUAGCCAACACUGGUGAUGUUUCCAUACCAGAGAUGUAUAUCUAAUUACACAGUGGUGUGAUGGUCAUUGGCUCCCUCCUCAUCACUGCUCUCAGUGCCUUUUACUUUGGGGAAAGGUAAUUUUGUUGUUGCUCUUCUGAUAAGGGUCCAGUGCCUCUCAUUCUUCUUCUUGUUCAUUUUAGUUUCAGUUCCUUUUCUAGCCUUAUGGUUAUGGUGGGGUUUUGAUAAGGAAAAUAUGUUUAAGACUGCUGAACAUGUUGGUUUUGCCACCUGCUCCUUUUCCUCCAUUACCAAUUCUUCAGGAGAGUUUAUAAGCCUGGAUGUGCACAAGGGUACACGAAGAAUUCAGAGUGUUGGACAUCUGCUCAUCAGAUUGAGUGGAUAUAGAGAGACUUCUGGGGGUUCACUGCUUUGAAAUUUUUGUGAGACGUAAAGAGUCAUGCUGCAUAUCUCCUGGACAGCAGAUCCACACAGGCAAUAGGUGUAAAUCAAGGUAAAUAUUGAUUAAUUCCUCUUUCUCUGCUCCUAAAGCAUACCAAGAAUCAUGAAUUUUGUGAAUAGCUGAGAAUGCUGGAUGCUGUCACUCAGAUUUUUAAACUCAAAGGUCAUACAGAUCAUACAAAUGUAUGAUUUUUGUAAUCAUAAAUUAAGAUUCCUAAAGCUUAAUGCUUAAGUGUUACAUCAAAUACUCCAGUAAGAUUAGGGGAUGCAACACCCAUUAGCUUUAAUAUUUUAUUUUUUUCUACUGGCAAGUGAUUUUGCUUUUGAUAUUGUGGAAAAAUCCUUGUUGACAUUAGACUCAACUCAGUGUGGGCCCGAAUGAAGAUAUAUGCUGUGAAAAUAGCUGUACUUUUUAAAAUUUUCAAGCUUUAAACUAAUUUUAGAGUCAUGAUAAAAUUAUGUGAUGUAAUGAUACUGGAGAUUUGGGAAACACAGCAGACAGAACAUAGCCCAGUGAUGUGAAAAUACUUAAAUAUUUAUGUAUUUUUAAAAUUUUGUUGGGUUUGUUUGUUUGGUUUGGCUCUUUUGUAGUAUUUUGCUAGCAGCUCUCCUUGAGCAGAUUUUUUUUUGCACAGAUAAAUGGAUAAAUGGCCAUAAUUUUUUCCUAUCUUUUGGAAAAUUAUUAGCUUUGUUCUAAUCAAAACUAAAAUUACAGCAGUCAAACUCAAGAGAAGGCUUUUUGACCUGGGAUACGCUUUGCACUGUUUUUGUGUCUUUGAAAAUAAAAUCCUAACAUCUGAGAGAUAUAUCUUGAAAUUCAAAUGUAAUCAUUACAGUAUUUGAUUAAUCUCUGAUCAGUAGUUUAGAUAAAACAAGGUUGCUUAUCUUGAAUUGUGCAAGGGCACUUAAGUGACUUGGAGUGAGCAAUACAGAAUUCUUCAUCUGGAAAAAGGGACAGCUGAGGGGAGAUGCAAUAACAGCUGAAAAACCUUGAGUGCCGUGGAGAGGGGGAUUGACUUUCACACUCCCUUCUAAUGCAAGGGUAAGGGGUCUCAUCAGAUGAAGCUGAGAGAAGCCAGGUGUAAAUCAAAGAAAUGUUUUUCUGCCCUCUCCUGUUUUCUUUCCCCAAGCUGCUGGGCACAGAAAAACAAGCAAAUGGAGGUGCUUUUCUUAAACUGUGAGUGUAACAAAAUGGAUUUGACUGUAUCGAUGUUCGAAGGGAAUUUGACAGCAUGGGAGUCAAGCUGUGUGCAGAAAAUGAAGGAUGUGAAAGAAUGGAGUUUUCUUUAACAUAGAGAAAACUCCUGGCAUAAUGCCUGGAAAUCCUGUAAACAAAGGGACAUGGGAAAAUCUGUUUCUCCCCAUGCCACACUGUCAUACCAGUUAAUUUAAAAGAUUGUUUAAAAGAAUGCUUCUUAGCUAGAACUAAUAGAAAUGAAUUCCUUAGGCUUCAAAAUCAUUAAUAAUAUUAGCUUUCCUUUCAAUAUCUGGCAGAAUAUAAAAGCUAAACUGGCUGGAAUCAGGAGUUAAUAAAAAGGAAUGUGGGCAGCCUGUCUCUGGCUGAUGGUUUCAAUAUUUUACCAGGGAUGUGGUCUAGUUUUAAUUAUUGUGUGACUUUAUAAUACAGUUUUAAAUUGCUUCCUCAUACUGUGAUUUAGACUACAAAUCAAAUCUUCUUACAGUUAAAACUCAGCCUAAUUCAAGCCCUGCUUGAUAACUUGAUCCUUUAUCUUGCCAGCUAGUCCCUAAAGGUAAUUGAAUUCCAGCUUGCUUUAUUUCUCUUUUAUUUUUCCCAGUUUUCUGUGUAAAAACUCCACUUCUGAAGAGUUACUCUUGUGUCUUCCUAAUCCCAUGAUGAUAAAUAAAAGGGGUUUUCCAUCCUUUUAGGUGGAAGAGGGAGAUCUAAUGACCUGUGUCAGUACUCAAAUCUGACACUGUAACAAGUGAUAUAAAAAAACCUCCAAUCCCAACACUCAGAAAAUCCUGCAGCAUUCCAAAUCUUAUUUAAUGUAGCAGUUGUCUUAUAUUUCACUUGUUGUCAUGGUAUCUGAUUUUCAGUUGUAGUGGUUUCAGCCUCAUUGGUUCCAAAAGUCACGGUUUUGUUGUGGUUUAAUUUUAAAGGCUUUGUGAAGAAUAGAAAGUACACAUAUAGCCAAACUUGCAACGAGACUUCACCCGUAGGAUUACUGUAGUUUUGUGCCUUGUCAACAAGUUUGUGAUAUAAUCCACAUGCAAAAUAAAUCACUGAUUAGUUCUGGGGGACUGUGUGACAAAGAACUGAGGGGUUAUGAAGACAUAAACAGGGUUUGCAAAGAGACUUUGGAAGAGCUUUAGUGCUCCGUGGGGAAGAGCCAAUACCUGGCUGUACUGUCCAUUCUGUGCCCCUGGAAAUCUUCUGGGGGCUGUUUAAUGUCCUUCAAAGGUGCUGUGUCCUUCUGGCACUACUCCUCUGCCUGCAAGUUUUGGUUUCUGUGUGCCUUUGUUGUAGCCUGAAUUGCAUUAUUCCUGCUUCUCUUCUGAUGCUGGAAUUUAAUGUUCUUAACAGAAAUCUUCUAGAAGACGUGGCUCAGCUGGCAGCCUCCUUGUCUCAUUGUAGUACAGAUAAAUAGGAGUUGGGAGCAUAUAUUUAUUUUUUGGAAGUAGCUUGAUUUUUGCCACAAAACUGAAAUCCUUGCCAGUAGUUGUCUCUCAGCAGUGGAGCUGCUGCUCACCCCAGCCCUCUCCAUCACAGAUUUGACAGCAAAUACUGUCAUUUGAAAUGGUCUCUCCUGAGGUACUUGGUAGCUGGGACACAGGGAGAGUGUGUGUGGCAGUGUGAUGCAAAUUUUCACAAUUUCUCAAAGAUUUUGAGAAGUUUCCAAAGGUCCUUAUCGAGGGCUGUGAGAAGCCAAAACAGGUCUGAGGCACCUCCCAGUUCCCAACACAGCUCGGUGACUUGGGUUAGGAAAUGACCCCAUUUUCUGCAUGGACAGGCAGAUUUCCAAGCUUUGUGGGGUUGUAGCAAACCUGUGUGACAACAGAGUUGCUCUGUGGAUAGUGUGGGUGUUUACCCUGCAGCAAAACAAGUGCCACAUCCAAGUGCCUCUCUCUGUGCUCUUGGAAUAGCAUCCCAAGUUUAGCAUUGGGGAGGGAUGAAGACCCGUGAGAUUUGUGACCCCUAAUCCAAUGCCACUUAAAAUACAGGAAAAGCUUUAAUUGACUUAUCAAAAUUCUUUUCUAUAGACCAACUGUCUCUUUUAGCUGGGUUACUUUUGAUUUUUUCCAGAAAAAAAACCUGGUGAGAAGUGCUGGAUGAUCACAUUUGUAAAUCCCGCCUGCAUUACUCAAAAUAUUGGCAAAUCCAAGAUGUUGCAUAUGAACCAACAUGCUUUCUGAACUGAAAGAUAAGAAAAUUGUUUACAUUUUUUGUCCCAAUUGAUAAAUCUGUUGUACCGUCUAAAAUGCUGCUGUACAGAAUUUGAUUAGUAUCCUUGUCUUAUUUGUGGUUUGUCUUUAAUUAUCUAUAUGAUCAGUUCCUAAUAUGAAAAAGCACCUUGGUUUUCUUUCUCAUCUCUUGUCUCCCCAAAGUAUUAAGAAAUCCUGUGCUGCACAAUAAUGUUUAUAGAAUCUUAAGUGUGUCAAACUCAUUAGACUGUUGAUUGUGUAUGUAGUA